AACAUGAAGCCAGAUUCAUGGAUUUAGAGCAGAGAGAUAAAAAGAAGACCAACCUUAUUGCUAAAUUAGAUGAUGAUAUUAAGAAAAUCAAUCAUGAGCAAAUUGUUAUUAAUCUUUUAGUGCAAAGUGAUACAUCUAUACCAAAAUCUCUAAUUAAUUCAAAAUCACAA